AUUAAGCACACCAUAGAAGAUGAGGUCGAAAGGCUUGGCUUUGAUUAUCAUAUUAAUCAUCUCAGGAGAACUCAAUGCAGAAGAGAAACCCUGUGGUAUUCCAAGUGUGGAAAAUGGAAGGAUUGCCCAAUAUUACUAUACUUUUGAAAGUUAUUACUUUCCAAUGAGCAUAAAGCAAAAUCUGUCAUUUUCCUGCUUGGUUGGUUACACAACUGAAACUGGGAAACAAGAGGCCCAGACCACGUGUACGGCAGCAGGAUGGUCCCCAGAACCACGGUGCUUCAAAAAAUGCCCUAAGCCUGACCUGAGGAAUGGUUACAUCUUUGACACAAAAUUAUUUUACAAAAUUCAAGAGAAUGUACGUUAUCGUUGUGCAUCAGGGUACAAAACCACAACAGGGCAGGACGAAGCAGUGGUUCAAUGCCUCCCUGAUGGAUGGUCUUCUCAGCCAACCUGUAGGAAGGAACAUGAAACAUGUUUGGCCCCUGAAUUACAUCAUGGAAAUUAUUCCACAACACAGAAGUUGUUCAAAGUGAAGGACAAAGUACGAUAUGAGUGUGCCUCUGGGUACCACACAGCUUCCGGGAAGAGGACAGAGGAGGUGGAGUGUCACCCGUACGGAUGGGCCCUCACCCCACGAUGUGCCAAAUUAAUAUGUUCUUCUUUAAGAUCAAUAGACAAUGGUUAUUUUCAUCCUGUGAAGCAAACCUAUGAAGAAGGAGAUGUAGUUCAGUUUUUCUGUCAUAAAAAUUAUUAUCUAAGUGGAUCUGAUUUAAUUCAGUGCUAUGACUUUGGUUGGUACCCAGAAUCUCCUGUCUGUGAAGGAAGAAGAAAUCGAUGCCCUCCUCCCCCUGUGCCUCUGACCUCCAGAAUUCAAAGGUACUCAACCACUUAUCGUCACGGAGAAACAGUUCGUAUAGAGUGUGGACUUAACUUUGAGAGGCAGGGAUCAGAAGAGAUACGCUGUGAAAAUGGAAAAUGGACAGAACCUCCCAAAUGCAUUGAAGAAAAGCAGAGGAUGGGCUGUGAGGACCCGCCCUUGGUUGAGAAUGCUGCAGCAAACCUAUCCUCCAAGGUCUAUUAUAAUGGGGAUAAAGUGACAUACGUGUGUGAAAGAGGGUAUCACCUCCGGGGACCAGAAGAAAUAACUUGUAAACGUGGAAAAUGGACCCUUCCCCCUGAGUGUGUUGGAAAUACUGAGAAUUGUAAUUCUCCACCUGAUGUAAUAAAUGGAGCUGUUGUUGGUGGAUUAUUAGCAAGCUACCCAACAGGAUCCUCAGUGGAAUAUAGAUGCAAUGAAUAUUACUUAUUGAGAGGAACAAAAAUAUCUCAUUGUGAACAAGGAAAAUGGUCAUCCCCACCUGUUUGCUUAGAGCCGUGUACAGUUAACAUGGAUGACAUGAGCAGAAAUAACCUAGGGAUGAAGUGGAAUUAUGAAGGGAAGAUCUUACAUGGAGAUUUAAUAGAUUUUGUAUGUAAACAGGGGUAUGACUUGUCUCCAUCAACUGCACCCUCUGAAUUAUCGGUGCAGUGCAACAGAGGUGAAGUGAAAUAUCCUUCAUGUAUUAGAAAAGAAUCUAAAAGAACAUGUGCAUCUCCCCCAUUUAUUAAAAAUGGAGUUAUUAAGAGCUCAACAGUCAGGACCUAUGAAAAUGGUUCCUCAGUGGAAUACAGAUGUUUCGAGCACCAUUUCCUACAAGGGUCUAAGGAUUCCUAUUGUUUAGAGGGAGUGUGGACUACACCACCAUUGUGUUUGGAGCCUUGCACAUUAUCUUUUGAUACAAUGGAAAGUAAUAAUUUGCUCCUGAAAUGGAGUUUUGACAAUAGGCCAUAUAUUUUGCACGGCGAGUAUAUUGAGUUUCUUUGUAAGAGAGAUACUUACAUUGAGUUUCCUAUUAUCGGAUCGGAAUUGAGAGUGCAAUGUGACAGAGGGCAGUUAAAAUAUCCAAGAUGUAUUCAAAGAGAAAGGAUGUUGUCUUAUCAAGAACCCUUAAGGACAUGAAAAUGAAUGGCAAAAAGAAGAAUAACAUUUUGACACAUCAUAAAAUCCUUUAAAAACAUAACUGUUAGAAGAAAAAUGUUGAAUUAAAAACCUCUGAGUUUUUACUUGCAUGAAGAUUUGAAUCUAAACUGUUUAUGCUGGACAUUUUCUUUAUUUAUAAAUAAAAGCUACACAUGCUAUUGUUUCACUUC